CGUAUCUCAACAUGAAAUGCUAUUUCAAUGGGACUCUGCUGAACAGUGUGCUCCCUCCACUGUUGGUGACAGAGUUCAUUUUGGGAGUCCUUGGGAAUGGUUUGGCUCUCUGGAUCUUCUGUUUCCACCUGAAGCCCUGGAAGAGCAGCACGGUGUUACUCUUCAAUCUGGCGCUGGCUGAUUUUCUGCUCAACAUGGCUUUGCCUUUUCGUGCCAGCUACUACAUCUCUGGGAUCGUGUGGAAGUUUGGAGGCGCUCUGUGCAACAUCUGCCUCUUCAUGUUGGCCAUGAACCGCAGUGGAAGUACCAUUUUCUUGAUGGUUAUAGCUGUGGACCGGUACAUGCGUGUGGUGCAUCCCCAUCAUCCCAUCAACUCUCUGAGUAUCUCCAAAGCCAUGUGCGGAGCACUUGUACUCUGGGUGAUCACCAUCUCAAUGACAGCUCAUGUCUUCACUCUGAAACACAACACAACCUACUGCGAGAGCUUCUUGAUUGACACUGAACCCUACCGCAAUCUGAGCUGGCACAAGUUUGAGUUUAUCUUUUCCUUCUUUGUGCCUCUGUUUGUGAUUCUCUACUGCACCUUCCAAAUUAUCGCACACCUGAGAAGGAGAAAGCUGGACCAGAAUGCAAAGAUUAAGAAAGCCUUGAUCUUCAUUGCAGUUGUGGCGGUGAUCUUCAUCAUUUGCUUCCUUCCGAGCAACAUCACGCAGCUGCUGAUCUGGAUCAAGACCAAACAAGCAGCUAACACCCUCCCUGAAUCUGAAGUCUGCCCUGCUCUGGAAGACCUCACCAGCACCUUUUACAUCACCAUCAGCCUGACUUAUCUCAACAGCAUGUUGGACCCUGUGGUUUACUACUUCUCCAGCCCGGCCUUCAAGAACAUCUGCAGGGAAGCUCUUCAUCUGUCCCAAGUGGACACUGUGGACAGUGUAGAGAAGAAAACCAGAGACACAGGCUCCCAGUCGCUCAGCCAGCUGUGAUCACAAAAUCCAGCAAAGAGUUAAGAGAUGCAGCUAAAAUUCAGAUA